CGCCGUCAUUUCUCGCGGUCCACGGUUAACGACAUGGCUUCCGACGGCAUGGACGAGCGAUCUCCGCUGCUGUCUGGUCCCAACUCCGAAAAUGUGACCCCCACUGCGCCCCCGUACCUGCAGGAUUCAAGUCCCCGAGCCGAACUACCUCCUCCCUACACAGCCAUCGCCAGCCCGGACGCCGGCGGGGUGCCUGUCAUCAACUGCCGCGUGUGCCAGUCGCUCAUCAACCUGGAUGGAAAGCUGCAUCAGCACGUGGUCAAGUGCACAGUCUGCAAUGAAGCUACACCCAUCAAGAACCCCCCAACAGGAAAGAAAUAUGUGAGGUGUCCAUGUAACUGCCUGCUCAUCUGUAAAGACACGUCCAGGAGGAUAGGAUGUCCUCGACCAAACUGCAGACGCAUAAUCAACCUGAGCCCGGUGAUGGUUAUCCCAGAGGAGCAACCCGCCCAGCCUGCGCUGCCCAUCCAACCUGAGGGGAUGAGGGUGGUCUGCGGUCACUGUGGCAACACCUUUCUUUGGAUGGAGCUUCGGUUUAACACGCUAGCAAAGUGUCCCCACUGCAAGAAAAUAUCCUCUGUUGGCAGUGCGCUCCCUAGGAGGCGUUGUUGUGCUUAUAUAACUGUAGGAAUGAUCUGCAUUUUCAUUGGAGUGGGUCUAACAGUUGGUACUCGGGACUUUGCCAAUCGUUACAACGCUACUUACGUGUCCUGGGCGUUCGCCUACCUGCUGGGUCUCAUCUGUCUGAUACGAGCCUGCUACUGGGGCGCUAUCAAAGUCAGUUACCCGGAGAAUAGCUUCGCCUAGAGGGGUCUGGCACGGCACGGCUGGAAGAAGAAACCCCACUUUUAGUUUUUUCUUCUUGUUCAGAUUUGAAUCCCGUCAUGUUCAGCGGGGUGGAGUGCCUGCAUAGUGUCUGGACAGGAGUGUGUUGAAGGUGUUGAUGAGGUGUAUGAUGUUGGAGAUGUGUCUUGUUCUGUUUUUGUCUGGCGUGUUUUUGGAGCGUUUAGACUCGCUGAACAAACCUAAUGUAUGUCAUCCUACUCGUCCACAAGGACUCAAAUCCUGCUCAGGUUUUUUGCCAAAAUCCUCCAGAAUCCAGAAUCAAACACUAAAAAACAACAACAGUGAUUUGUCUUGAUGAAUGCCACAAUUUAGAUUUUAAAAUGAUAGUUUAAAAAAAAAUGGUUGGAUUUGGUCUUUCUGGACCGUUUUGUUGUGGUGUUUUGUUUUUUAGUACAGGAUUUCUUUUGUUACUGACCAGACCAAAAUGAGACAACCUCCUAAGAACAGUUUCCCCAAUGCACUACGAUUAUAUGCAAUUGUACGUGUUGUUUUGCUGCUAGUUUAACUCCAGCUCCAGAAAGCUGCAUACCCAUACUGUAUUGUAACCAUUUACCUUGCCUGUGUACACUGACAUAGUAUUGCUAUAUGAUUUUAACUCUCAAAAUGAUCAGUUUUCUUCUUAAAUUCUUAAAUACCCAUGUGCUGCCCAGUAUUAGUCAAGAAGAGCAAAAGAUCAACAGGAGCUUGUUUUGUUUUUUAAAAUCAAAGUGUUCAUUUUUGGUGCCAUGCAACUUUUAACUCACUACAGCAAUAACCCUUUUUAUUGGAGUUAUUUUUAAACCCUAUUUCCCCGUGUGCUUGUGUGCACUUUCGUUGCCUUUUCGAUGGUUGGAAAUGAUCCCAAAACAUGGCGACUCAUGUUUGCAUGUUGACUUGUUUAUGCUGAGGUAGCUGAAGCGUAGGAUGCUCCCGUCUUUGCUCCGUCUGCCUGUGAGUUAGAAUGUAAACCCUCCUCUUCCUCCCUCCGCUUAUAAUCGCCGCUCUCUGACCUCCGGUGAACUCUGUGCUAGCUGGCAUCACUAUAGGCUAACUCAGCAUCCUGUCUCUCGACCUUGACCAGUGGGCACAGCUCAGAUGUCUGACCUUGUUUUGAAUGUGUUGAUGAUGAAGCAGAAAAUAAUGUUAAAAAAUACUCUUUGUACAUAGUUCAAAUUCAGUACUUGGUAAACUGUAGUGAGAAGUGGAAAGGAGAUGAUGGCUCAUGGGUCUUUUUAAAAAUGAUAAUUUAUCAAUAAAAUGCAAAAACUGCCUGAAUUGUU